UGUUGGUCCCGCUGCAGUCACAGGGAGACUUGCUUAGGGCUGGGAGACCUGCCUGCCCCCCGCAUGGGCGCUCACAUGGCGCUGGUGUCGGCCACAGACCUCAGCCCUGUCCUGCUUGCGCCCCUCUUUUGGCUGCUUCUCUGUCCUCACAUGACCCCCUCAGAGUGAGGCACCCCCAGAGGGAGCAGGGAGGGGGCCUCAGCACCUCCGAGCACCCAGCCUCGGGAGUCACAUCACAGCCCUGCAGCCCUGCAAGUGCAAGACCAGCCUCUCUCAAGGGGAAGCCUUAGGCUCCACUUCCUAAAAGGUGGAUCUCCCAGACUCUAUGGGUGCAUUUGGCUGUUUUUUUAAAGAUUGAUUUAUUUAUUUAAAAGGCAAAGUGUCUGGGGGGAGAAAAUGGGGGUGAGCGGCCACCCACUCGUUGCCUCCCCAGAUGGCCGUGAUAACAGAAACCUGGAACUCCAUCCUGGCCUCCCAGCAAUGGCAAGAACCCUAGCUCUUGAGCUAUUACCAUCUGCCUUCUCCACCAGCAGGCCGCUGGAUCAGAAGCAGAGCAGACAGAACCCCAGCUGGUACUCUGAUCUGGGAUGAGGGAGUCCCAGGUGGAUCCUCUGGCCAGCAGUGCAGGGACGACGCCCCUUCUGGGACAGCCCCAGCUAGGAGGCACCUGCAGGUAGAGCCUGGACAGGAAGCUGAGGAAGGAGCUGCCUGAGGCCACAGAGUCUGAGCAGAGCCCCCCACCCAAUGGGGGAGGAGCCGGAGGAGGGCCGAGCUGUUGGGAUAAAAGGAAAGGCUUUCUGAGGCUUUUCCACCACAGCUGGGAGCUCCAGGUGCAAGGACCACUUGGCCAGGCGGUGGCCCAAGCCGAGGCAGGACUUGGGGACGCCAGGCUACCACCUCCUCACCACCUCCUCGGCGACCCCGGCGGCCCAGUUCUUGGCCAGCCCUCCGGGCCCCAGACCCUGUCUCCUGCAGAAGCUUUGCUCCGAGCUCGGUUGCCCCCUGCCGUCUCCGGAGCCCCGGCUCAUCCAGGACUUUCCCUCCUCCGGGGUCGGGUCUCAGCCCUGCUCCAGCUCCCCUACUAAAGACCACCCACCUUCUGGUGGCAAGCUUGCCCAUUUCCUUUUCUUCUGUCGGCUACCGAGACACCCUCAGCCACAGCCUCCCCUCCACCCCUGCUUCUGUCUUCCUGAGACCCUCAGCCCCUGCCUGGUCGAGGCCUUCCCAUCCUGCCCUAGCCCUGUUGGCGUUCUCGGCAGUGCUGGGGUGCAUCGCCUCCCCCAUGUCGCCCUCCCCCAUGCGACUGCUGCUGCUGCUGCUGCUGUGGCUCUCAGUGUUGAUGCCCGGCCUGCUGGCCGCGGGAACGCCCAGCCGCAACGCCACCGACAUGGAGCUGCCCAAACAGCGAAUCGAGGCAGUCCGCGCCCCAAUCCUGCCCAAGGUGGGGCAGUCCCGCACCCUGAAUAAGAGGGAGGUGCCGCCCGGUCCAGUGCCAGAGGACACGCUCGUCGAGUACAACAGAAGACAAAACCAAGUGGGCAGGAAGAGCGCCGAGGAGAAGCCCCAGCCCCAGCCUGUUUUGGACUUCCCUGCUCAGUUCUUCCACAUGCUAAUGGUGGACAGCAACCAUGAAAUCUACAAAAAAUUCAAAGAAAGCCGGCACAGUGUCUAUAUGCUCUUCAACACGUCAGAGCUCCGGCAAGCAGUGCCCGAGCCGAAGUUGUUGUACCGGGCAGAGCUGCGCCUGGAUGUUCUCAAGGUACAGAAGGAGCAGCAGGUGGAGCUGUACCAGAAAUACAACAAUUCCUGGCGCUACCUCAAGAGCCGGAAGCUGAACCCCAUAGACACAAAUGAAUUGUUGUCCUUCGAAGUCACCAGGAUUGUGCAGCAGUGGCUGAGACAUGGAGAGGAAAUAGAGGGCUUCCGCCUCAGUGCCCACUGCUCCUGUUUCAACAAAAAUAAUGUCCUCCAAGUGGACAUCAACGGGAUCACUUCCAGCCACCAAGGUGAGCAAAUCGCAACUGAGAACAUGCACCGGCCCUACUUGUACUUCAUCGCCACUUUGCCGGAGGAGGCCCAGCAGCUACACAGCACCCAGCACGGCUGAGUCCUGGACACCAACUACUGCUUCAGGCAGGCAUUGUGACCUAACAGGUAAACCAGCUGCCUGCACCGCCGGCUUCCCCUAUGGGCUCCAGUCUGAUUCCUGGCUGCUCUACUUCUGAUCCCACUUCCUACUAAUUAACCUGGAAAGCAACGGAAGAUACCCCGAGCGCUUCAACACCCACUUGGGAGGUCCCUAUGAAGCUCUGGCUCUUGGCUUUGGCCUGUCCCAGCCCUGGCCGUUGUGGCCAUAUGGGGAGUGAAGAAGCAGAUGGAAGCUUGCUCCCUCUUGCUCUGUCUCUCCGUGUCUC